UAAUGGCGCAGGAGGUGACAGGCAUGGUGAAGUGUCCCGUGUGUGCGGGGGAAUUUCAGUCCAGUCAGAUUAACGCUCACUUGGAUAAAUGUUUAGAGCCCAACAACCAGGAAUCAACAAGUCAGGAGGAAUUUCAGGAGGACGGACCUCCGGCUAAAAAAUCACGCAUUUAUCCCACUGCGACUCAAAGUGGUGCGAUUACAGCAGGAGGUGCUGCGAUUACAAAAGCAAAGCGACCAACAAUGUUUUCAGUUUUUAAACCUAAAGGGACUUUACAGAGCGAAAAGGACUCAUGCAAACAACCUGCAAGUUCAUUUACAAGUGAAGCUGCGAAACCGAGUAACUCGGCGUGCAGCAGUGCGCACGUGAACGCUGCACCAGCAGAGCCAGACUCAUGUCAGCAGGAGGAAAAGGAGAAAGAUCUGAUCAACCAAACCCUGCUGAACACUAACAAACCCCUGGCGGAAAAGAUGCGACCCAACACCCUGCAGGAGUAUUUUGGGCAGAAUAAAGUGCUGGGGGAGCACACACUGCUCAGAUCUCUGUUACAGGCUCAGGAGAUCCCCUCUCUCAUCCUGUGGGGGCCUCCUGGAUGUGGCAAGACGACCCUUGCCCACAUUAUUGCCAGCUCCAGUAAAAAGAACGGCACAGCACGCUUCGUGUCUCUGUCAGCCACCAGCACGUCCACCAGCGAGGUCCGCGAGGUCAUCAAACAGGCCCAGAACGAGCUUCGUCUCUUCAAGAGGAAAACCAUCAUGUUCAUCGAUGAGAUCCAUCGCUUUAAUAAAUCCCAGCAGGACACGUUUCUCCCUCACGUGGAGUGCGGGACUGUCACGCUGAUCGGCGCGACCACGGAGAACCCGUCCUUUCAGGUGAACAGCGCCCUGCUGAGCCGCUGCAGGGUUCUGGUGCUGGAGAAGCUGAGUGUAUCGGCGAUGGGUUCGAUACUGCGCAGAGCUGUGGACUCUCUCGGGAUGAGCGUGCUUCAGGAGGACGAUUCGGGACGCGACCUGUCCGCAGAGCACAGCUCAGAGAAGUGGGUGUGUAUUGAGCAGAAGGCACUGGACACCAUCGCUCACCUGUGUGACGGAGACGCUCGAGCGGCUCUGAACGGCCUGCAGGUGGCUGUGCAGGCGUGUGUAGCCAAGGCCAAUAAUGCAGGAACGGGCAAACCUCGGAAAAUCAUAGUCCAGGAGCAACACGCCAAAGAGGGUCUGCAGAGAUCUCACAUCCUUUACGACAAAGCAGGUGAGGAACACUACAACUGUAUCUCAGCUCUACACAAGUCCAUGAGGGGCUCGGAUGAGAAUGCUGCCCUCUACUGGCUGGGCCGGAUGCUGGAGGGAGGCGAGGACCCGCUGUACGUGGCGCGCAGACUGGUUCGUUUCGCCAGUGAGGACGUAGGUUUGGCUGAUCCAGCAGCGCUUCCUCAGGCCGUAUCUGCCUUCCAGGCCUGCCACUUCAUCGGUAUGCCAGAGUGUGAGGUGAUCCUGGCACAGUGUGUGCUGUACCUGGCCCGAGCUCCCAAAUCUAUCGAGGUGUAUAAAGCCUAUAACAAUGUUAAAUUCUGUCUGAGGAACCACAAAGGUCCGUUACCGUCAGUACCCCUGCACCUCCGCAACGCUCCCACCAAGCUAAUGAAGGAUCUGGGUUACGCCAAAGACUACAAAUACAACCCAGCAUUUAAAGGCCCAGUGGACCAAGAAUACCUCCCUGAGGAACUCCGCGGCACCAACUUCUUCACCUGGGAACCAUCUGAUGUUUGACCUAUUUCCAAUCAAAUCAAAUGUUUUGUAAAAAAAAAAAUGUAAGACUUGUAAUUAAAACACUAUUUUUCUUCCUGU